CGAGACGCUCAGUUUCGCUUCUGCGUUUGACUGGUUCGGUGCCGCGCCAUGAUCGACUGACAAAGAAGCCCUGCUCCUCUCAACGACCCCCCGCGAUCCACAGGCCGCACAACUCCAUCAUUUUUUCCAAGGUGUGCGCGAUGAGAGCAGUCAGAUGACGACGAAAGUGUCGAUCGAAGAGGAGGAUGGCCUCCUGCCCAUGCGUGCGGCCCCCGUGUGCGUGGUGGUUGGCGGCCAUGGUGCCUCCGGUGUCCGCCUGUUGGCCCCCGAAGAGGGCGAAGACGUCAGCAUAGAGUCGAGUCUGGACUCGAGUCUCGAGUCAACCACCAUCACAUCGUCGCCGGCGCCGUCGCUCCGAUCGGCCGGUUCGCUCGACAAGGGUCCGCAAAAACGCGGCUUUUCCAAAUGCUUGUGCUGGUUAUUUGGAAUCGGAAUCUCCUUCUUCCUCAUCGGCUCACUCGCCAUCAUCUUUCCGCCAUUCGACGUGCUGAUGAAUGAGAGGCUGCGCAUGCUGCGAGGCUUCCCCGCCUUCGAGUGGUGGGUCGAGCCACCGGACGAGGUGUUCCUCCGCCUCUACAUCUUUAACAUCACCAACAAAGACGAGUUCCUGGCGGGCAAACAAAAACUCAGGGUACAGGAGGUCGGACCAUGGAUUUUCAGGGAGCGUUUACGGCACACAGACGUGUACUUCAACGAAAAUGGCACGAUGACCUACACGGCGCACCGCAGUGCCGAGUUCCUGCCCGAGCUGUCCGGCAACCUGAGCAUGGACACCUUGCUAGUGCUACCAAAUCUCGGCGUCCUGGGUGUCGCCUCGUACAUGUGGGACGCUUCGUUCUUCGCCAAACUGGGCAUCAACAUGAUGAUGAUGAACUACAAUUCGCAGCCCAUAGUCACGAUGCGCGCCGGCGAUUACAUGUGGAACAACACAGACCCCAUGUUCAGCAUGGCGGGCAAAAUCAUGCCAGACUUGGUGCCCACAACCAAUCUGGGCAUUUUACAUAUCAUUUACGAGCACUUCAGUGACGAGGUGACGGUCUUUACGGGUUUGCAGAACAGCCGGCGGUUCUUCCUCAUUGACAAGUUCCGCGGCUCGCAUCGUCUCGGUCUGUGGGACGGCGAGUACUGCGACUCGGUGUACGGCGCCAGCGAGGGCGUCUCUUACCCCCAGUUCCUUACGCGCAACGACAGCCUGCUGUACUUGCGCAAGACCAUUUGCAGGGCGACGCCGCUUUACUACGCGCGCGACGAGAUGCGUUACGGCAUGCACGGGCUGCGCUUCGAGCUGCCCAGCGACUUGUACGCCUCGCCUGACGAGAGGAGCGAGAACGCCUGCUUCCGACGCAGAGGGGACUUCAGCCCCCAGCUGCCCUCGGGCGCCACAGACAUCUCGCCCUGCUUUUAUAAUUUUCCACUUGCUGCCUCAUUCCCCCAUUUCAUGCACGCGUCCCCAGAACUGAAGUCAAACGUCGAGGGACUCAAGCCAAACCCCAAGAAGCAUGGGAGCUACGUCAUUGUUGAGCCUACAACUGGUGUGCCAAUGGAGAGCAGUGCUCGAAGUCAGUCCAACCUGGUGGUGCGCCCUUUGCACGGCUUCUCCAAAGUCCAGGUCUUCAGCAACAUGACCAUACCCAUGUUCUGGGCCGAAUAUACCCAAGUCGGGUUGCCGUGGUACAUCCGUUGGCUGAUGUACCUGGUGGUGGAGGUGAUCCAACCAACUCAACAGCCAGUGGCCUACUGCCUGGUAACCGCCGGCAUGUCCAUCAUCCUGGCCGUUUUCUUCGGCUGGACGUGCACGCGCCACCACUACCAAGAGCUGAGCGGCGCCAACUCGACGCCUCGGUCGCGCUCCUACAGCUCGCUCAACUUGCUGCCAUCCUCCAAGAGCAGCGAAAUCUCCUUCCAGCCCGCACGCAAGGUUGACAAGCUGAUGCACAUGUGAUAUGUAUCUUAACUUAAACUUUUUCGAAUGGAUUUCUUUGUGCGUCGGACUUUUUGUGUCGGAGCGAAUGACUCGCGGCCCGAGCCGCUCGACGCGAGUGUGUGUGAUUUUUCAAGUGAAUACACUUCAAGCAAAAAUUUAUAUAUCUUAACUUAUAUGACCAGAUUUGCCAUGCUCAAUGUAAACGUAAUAUUUUUUAUGCAUGUAUUUUACUCCCAACAAUGAAUUUUUGUUCUUUCAUUUUCCACUCUGCACUCGUGACUGACUGAGUCUUAUACGAACCCCAUUUUUGUAACCUCCUGUGUACCAGUCUUAUUGUGAUCAGCAGUUUUAAUAUGGAGCCUUUCAGUAUGAGAAAGGCGCGCCGUUUUUAUUUUCGUGGGACCUGCAUCAGGUUUCUUUCCCCGCGGGCAUCCAAUAUAUAACGAAUAGACAAAUACUGUAUUUUGUGUAUUUAUUAAUUGUUUGAGCAUUUAUUUUACACCUUUAUUGUAUUUGUUAUCCCAUGCAGACAUCAGUCUAACUCUUUUUAUAUUCAAAAAAAUGAAAUUCUGAUCCCACAAUAAAUAAUACUAUACAAAAUGCCACAG